AGAGUGAAAUGGAUCAUAUUCAUCAUCUGCGAACAAAGUAUAAACGACGGUUCAAAGAACUUUGUCUGAAUGAAGAUAAUACGGAAAAAGAACACGAUAGUGGAUUAAGCCACUUAAUGGUCACUAAUUAUAGUCUAUCGAAUGACACUGUCACUUUUUCACACACUCUUAUCUCCUCUGUUUGCCAUUUCAUAUUCCAUGUAAUACCUGUGUUUAUUUUGACCUGUUAUUGAACAGUCACAGUUGGCGGCUAUUUUAUCUAUUGUGUUCCCGUUAAUAUGGCUCUUAGGACAGGAGUUCGUAGUUUCAGCAUGCUACGAGAGAUUGUCAAGCAACCUGCGUUCAUCAAACCAUUGAAAGAACAAUUGGACCACAUCGAUCAAGAAGGAAAACCUGGUGCUCUAUUGCAACCAAUGAAAUUAGAUAAUCCUCACAAACUGGCAGCCAAGAUGGUGUUAUUCAUGUGCCUCAGUUUCUUUCAGCCUUUUGUGAUCACAUAUAUGCACAUGAAGGGGUGAUUUUGCUGCCGCAAAUAUAGUUAAAUACUCUCCAUUUGUUUAAUAGAUUAGAGUGGUACGUUGUCAUUAUUACUUUAUAUACCAGUCUGUGCAAAUA